CAGACACACACACACACACACGCCACCUCCGACGCGUUUCAUCAAUUCCUUCUCCGCGACUCUACGCGGCUGCUGCUGCUGCUGGUGGUGGUGGUGGUGUUGCGCGUCGUAAUCAUCAUCAUCAUCAUCAUCAUCAUAACAAUAACAAUAAUAAACUAGAGACGAGAAGAGAGGAAGACGUGAUGUGCUGAGCAAAAAAAAAAAAGCCAUGAGACAGGAGACCGGAGUGUGUGUGAGUGAACAACACAGCGCGCUAAGAGAGCUACAAAUCCGGCCCAGAUGCAGCUGAGAGUCCGAGCGCGCUCCAUUUUUACUCUAAACUAAAAACAAAAAAACAAAAACAAAAACAAAAAAACAAAAACCCUCCUCACUGUGCACUGGAGACGACUUCGCGUUUGCUCUGCCUGGCUGUCCGAGGACUGAGGAUUUUACUCUUUCCCGAGAAAUGGAUUUGGAGGAUUAAUAAGAUAAGGCGAAUUAAAAAGAAAUAAAAACACCCCCCGCCCCGGACGACAUGAGCGCGCAGUGACAGCGCGCCGCAGCGCCGCGUAAAAGCCUCCGAGAGACAACUUUUUUCCCCUCCUCUGGUCCGGCUGGCACUCUCACUCCGACAAUGGAUGAGUUCCAUCCGUUCAUCGAGGCACUGCUGCCGCACGUCCGCGCCUUCGCCUACACCUGGUUCAACCUGCAGGCGCGCAAACGCAAGUACUUCAAAAAGCACGAGAAGCGCAUGACCAAAGACGAAGAGCGCGCUGUGAAGGACGAGCUGCUGGGCGAGAAGCCCGAGGUCAAGCAGAAAUGGGCGUCGCGUCUGCUCGCCAAGCUGCGCAAAGACAUCCGGCCAGAGUGCCGCGAGGACUUCGUGCUGUCCAUCACAGGCAAGAAAGCACCGUGCUGCGUGCUCUCUAACCCUGACCAGAAGGGAAAGAUGAGAAGGAUCGACUGCCUGAGGCAGGCUGACAAAGUGUGGAGACUCGACUUGGUCAUGGUGAUCCUGUUCAAGGGGAUUCCUCUGGAAAGCACGGACGGGGAGCGUCUGGUCAAGGGGGCGCAGUGUUCCAACCACGUCCUGUGCGUCCAGCCGCACCACAUCAGCGUCUCUGUCAAGGAGCUGGAUCUCUACCUGGCAUACUUCGUGCAGGAAAGAGAGGCAGCGGAGCAGGGCAGUAGUCCUCGCACAGGUAUCGGCUCCGACCAAGAAGAUAGUCGAGCCGCCACAAUGGAUGGGCCCGAGUUUCAGGAGAGCUUUGUCACGUCGGGAGUGUUCAACGUGACCGAACUGGUACAAGUGUCCAGAACGCCGGUGGUGACAGGAACAGGGCCAAACUUCUCUCUCGGGGAGCUGCAGGGACACCUGGCUUACGAUCUGAACCCUACAGGCGUGACCAUGAGGAGAACCCUGCCCAGCACCUCCUCUAGCGGGAGUAAGAGGCAGAAGUCCAGCUCUGUGGAGGGUGACAUCGACACCAGCCCUGGGGGCGAGUACUACACCUCACCCAACUCCCCCGCUAGCAGCUCCCGAAACUGGCCUGAUGAGAUGGAAGGAGGUAUCUCCCCGGUGAAGAAGACUGAGAUGGACAGUCCAUCUCCUCAGGAGAGUUCUCCACGCCUUGGCAGCUUCACACAACACCACAGACCUGUCAUUGCAGUGCACAGCGGUUUGUGUUUCCCUGCAGGUAUCUCUCGGAGUCCGCACCCAUCGUCAUCGCUGCAUUUUUCGACGGCUCCCAUCCUGCCCCAGCCGACAUCCACCUACUUUCCUCACACGGCCAUCCGCUACCCGCCCCACCUCACCUCACAAGACCCGCUCAAGGACCUGGUCACAAUGGCCUGCGACCCUUCCAAUCAACAGCCCAGCCCGCUGAAUGGCAGUGGUCAGGUGAAGGUCCCCCCCCACUACAUCUCCUCUCAGAUGCUGGCCCCCCCGCCUCCCCCGGCCCUGCCUCGCCUCACGCUGCCCCCUGACUCCAAACCCAGCAGCACCUCGCCAGACGCAGCCGCCACCUCGCCCACCUCCCCCACAUACUCUGCUCCCGGGACACCACCUGCCAACCGCUCCUUCGUAGGAAUCGGCCCUCGGGACCCUGCGAGUCUGUAUCAGGCUCAGUCCUGGUAUCUGGGGAACUGAUUGGGACUCGGCGGAUACACCAAAGCGGGCGUGGACACGGAUUUUGAGAAUUUUUCCUUUUUUUUUUGUGGAAUUACGAAAAACAAGAACAAGAUGAUGCCAGAGGGAAAAUGUUGAUUAUAUAUGCAGUAUUUGUAUAUAUACAGCAUAUGUGUGUACGUAGCGACGCAUAUGUGCACACGUAUAUACGCCUAAAGCUAUAUAAAACGCUUCAGUACAAACUUUUUUAUUUGUUUUGUUUCCCGGAAAAAGACAGUAGGAGGACGGAAUGUCGGAGGAGCUCGAGUAGACUGCGGAUGCAUGAACAGAGAAGAGAAAAGAGGAGAAAGAGAGAGAGAGAGAGGAUGUUUAUCGGGAGGGGCGGCCAUGUCGAACCGCUGGCCAGAGACUGAACAAUUUCGGAAAGGAAAAAAAUAAAUAAACCACGCCCACUUUGCUCCUGGAUCCUGGACACGAACGGCCCGCCCUCCUCUUCCUCUUCCUCUUCCUCCUUCUGCUACAGGUGCUGCUUCCUCAUAUAUGCAAAAUUACCUACGUUUUCUUUCCAGGGAAAGGAAGCCCUGAUGACGGACGGGGUUAUUUUUCUUUUUUUUUUAGCGCUUUAGGACUUUCCCACGCGUUCAGAGCUGAUUGUCUCCCUCUUAAUUUUCCUCAUUUUUUCCUUUUUAAAGAAAUCUGAAUGUGGGCAGAGGUUUCGGGGCAAAAUGAAGGGUGGAUGACUUCCCCUUAAUUUCCCUUCAGCUAACGUUCGGGCCAAAAUGGCCACUUUUUGUUCAGUUUUAUUAUUGACAAUCAUGUUAUCUUGAUUUUUUUUUUUUUUUCCAUCUGACAUUUAUAUUGGAGAUCCACGAGUUCAGUGGGUGCCUGAAUUUAUUUUUUCUUUUUAAACUUUGGUACAUCUGUGACCUUAGAGGUCACAGUCAGUGUGUGUGUGUGUGUGUUAGGUCACAUUACGCUCACAUAUACACACACACACACACACACACACACAUACACACACACACACACACACACAUAUAUUGACACGCCCUUACAAACAGUCUUCAGAAAUGGCAUGUACUGUUAAUACACUAAGCGAAGGGCGAACCCAAGCCUUCAGAUGAUUUCGGCGCGUGACCGAGCACCUUUUUGUCUUUUCUGUGUCACGCUGGAAAUCGUUCAGUGCGUGUGUGUGUGUGUGUGUGUGUGUCGUCCGUGUACGUUGCGUUCUUUUCUCUUGUGUCAGAAUUAAAUCAGAAAACAACGACAACAACAAAAAAUUUCCCCCUAAUUUUUAAAAUCUGAGGAAUUUUUUUUUUAAUUGUUUCUAAAAAUUUUAGUUUGAACCUUCUUCUAUUUCCCUGAAAAAUAGAAAACUGAUAAAACUGGGGUCAACAAAUGCAGAAACAAUUUAGACGAUUCAAGCAACAUUCAUAUAUUGCAGCACCCUGAAUUUUUUAUUUGUAUUUUAAUUUUUUUAAAUAUAUUUAAAAAAAAUUUUUAAAAAGCACACAGUGAUCCGUAUAAGCAGCACAUCAGGCUCUAAAAGUGAUCUUUAAUCGCUAAUCUACUCUCCUUUUCACUCCUGAUCCCUCUGGAUCCCUCGAGAUUCGUUCAUUUUACCUCUAAAUUCACGAUUAUUCCAUAUUUCAAUUUAAAUUUCGAUCUAAAAUUCCUAAAAAGAAACCUGAACGAACACAGCGUACCCGGACCGUGUGUGUGUGUGUGUGUGUGUGUGUGUGUGUGUGUGACAUCCGUACGUCUAAAGCCCCUGUCAUUCAUCCUAGUGAUCUACUUCCGCAAGUACGUCCUGGAAGCGUGUAGAUAAAGGUAGAAAUCCGAGUGGAGUGAACCUACAGAGUGACAAAGGGAGUAGGGCCUAGAGUUCUGUCACUAAUAAGACAGUAUUGGGUUUAGAACUGACUUUUAUUUUGUCUGACUUUUUUUCUUUUCUUUUUUUUUUUUGUGUGUGUAAACUUGCAUUGGAAAUUACAGGCAUUGCACUACUUUUAAUAAUUUUUGUUUUCUCUUUUUUAUUUCUUCGCAUCUUUCAGGCCUAUUCGUAUUGAAUGCUGCAGGUUUUAAUUUUUUUUUUUUUUUUUGUAAUUUUUGGAAUUGUAUAGAUGUGUGCUCUCUUAGCAGGGUGCUCCUCUUAGCGUAUUAGCUUCAGCAUCCCAAUAGAACGAUCCAUCCGAUCCGACGUCCCGCUCGAGUCGGGUAUCCCGACUCCUGUAUCCCGAGCGCCGCCGCCACCGUGCUUCAAGGAAUUCUUGUUAUUAUUAUUUCUUUUGAAAAUCCCCAGGCUUUUCUGGAUCCCGAUUAUUUUAUUUUUUUUAUUUCCGCAUGCUUUAUUAUCUAAAUACAAAACACACACACACACACACACACAAGCUGAUUGUAUUUAAGCCAAAUUGCUAACGUUUUAGCCAUGUGGCUCUGUGCUUCCCAGGAUGCUUUGCAUGGGGACAGCGAGUGUCGUGAACUCUGUAUCCGGAUUUCUUUCCAGCGGGCUUUGUGUGCUGAGUUCCACGUGGAAAUGGACGAACAUCAGGGCUUAUGAAUCUGCUACCGAACCCAAACUAAUCCCAGAGCCAUGAGAAGUGCCUACAACAUUACAAGAGUUUUAGUUGAUUUGGGUUUUUUUACAGCAUUAUUAUUAUUAUUAUUAUUAUUAUUAUUAUUAUUAUUAUUAUUAUUAUUAUUAUUAUUAGGGAUGCAUCGAUAAUUUUUUCCGUUCUCUUCCUACUUGCUCUUAAUCGAUCAGGGACGUCAUUUAGCUCGGUUUACAUUUCCCUGCUUUAAUCAACAUCCAUAAAACGACCACGUAUUUAACAAGGCUUGUUCUGUUGGUGAUUAUAAAAGAAUGAAGCGUUCGCUUUUACAUGAAAUAGCUACGUAAUUCCUAUAAGUAUCAUUAGCGAGCUGGUUAACGGCUAGCUACAUUCGUUCGGUUGGAUCGGAUCGAGCCGUAGCUCAGAGUUUUGUUUCAUUCGUUUUCGUUUGCUUUCAUUCCUUCAGAUUGUUUUGUUCUCAUCACGUCUCAAUCACGUCUCAACCCUGCUAGCAUUUGCUUGACCGGUGCCGUUUGUUGCUAGCGGUGAACUCUCAGUGUGGCCGGACGAAUCUUAAAGUUCGUCCAGUUUGUUGUCACCCGACACUGUUUAUGUUGUUUUAAUACGAGAGCAAAUCAGUCAGUUCUUGACUUUCGCUAUGAUUGUCGAUGCAUCCCUGACUCUUAUACUCGAUCCUGUGGGGCUUCCACACAGGCUAAAUAACACGUAUAAAUAAAUACCGCAGAUUAACAUCAACAAACCCGCGAGGACUAAAGCUCCGAGACACUCAGUAGCGUAAGCCGCAUUUUCACAGAACCUAGCCUUCGAUAGCGCUUCUGUUUUGUUUUUUUGUUUUUUUUCACCAGUUCUGUUCUUUUCAUCACGAGACCCUGGUUACAUACCACAUGAUUGCGUUCAAGGUGCUGACAUGAGAAUCUCUAUAUAUCAAUUAUAUAUAAAUAUAUAUAUAAAAGUGCAUGGUGCUUUCUAAAAGGAAAAAUAUUACAAAGCUCAGAUGAGCACCGUAUCUUUGACAUGGGCGCAUGGCAGAUAAUCUUAGUAGAAUCUCUGAAGCUAAGCUCUUACUCGAAACUACUUAACCCCUCGAACCCCCACGGUACAGAGCGCAUCGGGAUUGCGAACGGAUGAGUUUUUUACCUUGCGAUGCGCGACAUGGGUUUUGAAUUUUAACCCCUUGCAACAACCCUGACACCACUCCCCCAUCCACCCAUUCCCACACCCUGACACCCAUCCCCCAUCUACCCAUCCCCUCACCCUAGCACCCAUCCCCCAUCUACUCAUUACCCCACCCCCUUCACCCAUCCCCAUCCACCCAUCCCUCCACCCUGACACCACUCCCCUAUCCACCUACCCCCACAUCCUGACACCCAUCCCUCAUUCCUCCAUACUCCCACCCUGACACCCAUCCCCCAUUUCCCCAUAAUCCUACCCUGACACCCAUCCCCCAUUCCCCCAUACUCCCACCCUGACACCCAUCCCCCAGUCCCCCAUACUCCCACCCUGACAUCCAUCCCCCAUUUCCCCAUAAUCCUACCCUGACACCCAUCCCCAUCACCCCAUACUCCCACCCUGACACCCAUCCCCCAUUCCCCCAUACUCCCACCCUGACACCCAUCCCCCAGUCUCCCAUACUCCCACCCUGACACCCAUCCCCAUUCCCCCAUACUCCCACCCUGACACCCAUCCCCCAUUUCCUCAUAAUCCUACCCUGACACCCAUCCCUACACCCUGACACCCAUCCUCCUCAUACUCUGACUCUGACACCCAUCCCCCAUCCCCCCCUCUCCGCCUACCCUGACACCCAUCCCCCAUCCAUCCCAUAGUCCUACCUUGACACCCAUCCCCCCAUACUCUGUCCCUGAUACCCAUCCCCCGUACUCUGACCCCAACAACCAUCCCCCCAUACUCUGUCCCUGAUACCCAUCCCCUCAUACUCUGUCCCUGAUACCCAUCCCCCCAUACUCUGACCCCAACAACCAUCCCGCCAUACUCUGACCCUAAUACUCAUCCACCCGUCCCCCCUUACUCCUACCCUGACACCCAUCCCCCCAUACUCUGUCCCUGACCCCCAACCCCAAUCCCUCCAUACUCUGUCCCCGACCCCCCAUCCCCUGACCCUCAUCCCCACACCCUUGACCCCAUCCCCCGACCCCUUCAACUUUGCACGAUGUUUUAUAUAACACAUUAUGUGCCUUGCCUUUAGUUAAGAACAAUAAUACAUGAUUGAGAGUUGUAAAUGAAUUUUUUUAUGUAACCAAUCGUCGCUGGAAAAAAAACAUUGUAAAAAAAAUAAAAAUAACGAUGCAUGUUUGCUUGUCACUAUCUGAUUAGGACUGAUAGAGUGCAGUCGAUUGAGACGGGUGAGACUGGCUUUCCUUUGACCCCGCCCCCCACCCCCUUCGAUAUGUCUGCUAGUCGUCUGUUCGCUGCAUGAAAAUGAAAUUCGCUUUUUUCUUUCCUUCCGUUUUUCCUUUUCAUUUCAGAUAGUCACUCACGCCCUUUUAAUUCACCCGAGCUGCUGCUGACGUUAUUGUUAUCGCUUUCUCUCACUCUCUCUUCUAAUUUUUUUUAACUAUAUAGAAUGACCGUAGCUUAGAGUACGGACUGAUGCUGACAGCCAGGAAUGAACGAAAAAAUUACACAAAUCAAAGAGAAGGAAUGUUGAGAUUUUAUUUUGUCGUUUUGCUUUAUAGAGUCUUUUUUUUAAAAAAAAAAACGUCAUAAUGGUGAAUUGGGAACAGAGCUUUUGGAAAUUUUACUCCUAGGAUUCUAAGAUGCAUCUCAAUUCUAACAAUUCUGCCUCAAUACACAGGAACUAGAUCAUCGUUUUUUUUAAAAAUGGUAAAGCGAAGAUUUAUUUUUUGUUCAAAAGUCGUGAACAAUCAUGUUAGAAAAGCUAGCUAGCUUGAAGAGAAACUCGCAGUUUUAUCCUAAAAGUGUGUUUGUAAAACCAAUUUUCUGUAUCAGAAGACCAAAAAAAUCUGGACAGUGCGCAAGUUCUGUCUUCAGACGUCAAUUUGGGAAUUUUUUUUGAAGGAAAUUUGAGCGGAAAACUGAUCUCCUUGUCUAACAGAGACUCCUGAAGUGCAAGAAAAUAAUCAAGUAAAUCGUAAGAAUCGCAAAUCCCAGGAUUUCACAUCCACCCAUCCAUCUUUUAUACCCACUUAAUUCCUAAUUAGGGUCACAGGGAUCUGCUGGAGCCUAUCCCAGCACACAUUGGGUGAAAGGCAGGGGUACACCCUGGACAGGUCACCAGUCCAUCACAGGGCCACACAUAUAGACAGACAACCACACACACACACACUCACUCCUAUGGGCAAUUUAGAAUCACCAAUCCAUAUAAUGUACAUGUUUUUGGACUGUGGGAGGAAACCGGAGUACCCGGAGUAAACCCACGCAGGAACGGGGAGAACAUGCAAACUCCACACAGAAAGGCCCCUGUAUAUUCCACAUACUAGAGCUAAUCAUAAGCUUUAAGUCUAGAAUCGAGAUGCAUCCAGAAUCAUUUUAGCCAAUUAUUUACACUCGUAGCCAUGGUACCCGGCAUCCUCCUCUGUCCGAGACUCCCACCAUCUCAGUGACUCGUCAUUAGCACCUUUGCUAGCACUUCUGAAUGACCGUCAUGGCGCUACGCGACAGACAACAGCGUUUUUGAAAGUAUUUACGAAUUUGAUACCACCUCAGCGUCCAGGCUACAGCUCGAAACAUCAAAUUUGGUUAGAAAAAGUGUGAGGUGAUUAUGUCGGCUUGUGAACAUCUUCAGUGAAACCACCGGUUCCGUCUGCGUAGUGCUACCACGAUGCAUGUGGAGUAGAGUGUAACGUGGACACGGCGGCCAUGUUGGCUUCCGGUCAUCGUCGCUGUAAGUGUUAGCAUUUUUGGAGAGUUUUUCCUGACUGGUUGUUUUGAUUCGAAUUCCAGCUUUUGAAAGUCACUCAACAGUGUUUCCCAUCCUCCAUCUCUCUCUCUCUCUCUCUCUCUCUCUCUCCCGUCUCUCUCUUUCACCCUGUCUCUCUCUCUCUCUCUUUCCUCCGUCUCUCCCCCGUCUUUUUCCCAUCUCUCUCUCUCUCUCUCUCCCCCAUCUCUCUUUCCUCCGUCUCUCCCCCAUCUUUUCCCCAUCUCUCUCUCUCUCUCUCUCCCCCAUCUCUCUUUCCUCCGUCUCUCCCCCAUCUUUUCCCCAUCUCUCUCUCUCUCUCUCUCCCCCAUCUCUCUUUCCUGCGUCUCUCCCCCGUCUUUCCCCCUUCUCUCUCUCUCUCUCUCUCUCUCUCUCUCUCUCCCCAUCUCUCUUUUCUCCGUCUCUCCCCCAUCUUUCCCCCUUCUCUCUCUCUCUCUCUCUCACACACACACACACACACGCCUCUUUAACUCUUUUCAGAUUUCAGUGUUUAGUCCAGAACUUCGGAGCUGUGACUUGACGAGUUCCAGAUCCGUGUCCACGGCGGUUAACGUGAUGAUGUGGUUUGUUACACUACGACUUCUCUGAUUAGCCAUGAGGUCGUUCCGGCUGACGGUCCAUCUGAGUUUUUUUUUAUCCUAACUUGAAUUCUCGCAAAUUAACAAAAUCAACAUUUGGGGAUUUUUUUCUUUUUCUUUUCUUUUUCUUUUUUUUUAAACUAGGACUUGAUUUCUCCAGAAACUUACUUGAUGUUUAUAGAUACUCCAAGUACUUUUGUAUUUUCUGUCUUCUUUUUUUUUUGUGUAAGGUUAGCAUGUAGGAAAGCUAAUUUAUAGUAGAUGACUUGCUAGCGUAAAGGGAGCGUGUGGAAAGAGUAGCUGGAUCAUGUAAUCAUCAGUUAAAGGCCAUGUUCUAGUUUCGUGAUGAUUUCGGCGAGACGUAUCGUUCCUCCGACGCCGAGAUGCAGCUCCGGUAGCUUUUACGAUUCGCUGGUAGUUAGAUUAAAAAGGGGAAUUAGAAUAGAAUGAGCGUUAUUUUUUGUUUACAUGAAGCCCGUGGUUAAGAUCUCUGAAGAUCGUUAAUGGAGAAGUCGCACCCUGGCUGGAGAGGAUAGAACCGCGAGGAUAAAAACAGUGAUAAAACCCGUAUCAUCACAACCCACAUUACACACACGCAACAGACAGAGCUGUCAGCAUGCAGCAAGCCACUUUCUUUUUAUUUAACAGAGCAGGUGAUGAGGAAGAGCUUCUGCCCACGAUGAAGAUGCCCAGGCGCCGUGGCUACGACACGACCACAGCACCUUACCUUUAAUACACUUAUUCACCUCGGGGUGGGUUUUUUUUGUGGUAAUAAUAAUAAUAAUAAUAAUAAUAAUAA